AAAAUGCAAACGUAAAACUCAUUUUAUUUUUAUUUUCUAAAAGAAAUUUCACUGCAACUCCCUUUUUUCUGUUUCUAAAUAGAAUUUGAGAGGUGUACGAUGUUGGGAAUAUAAAAUAAUCCAGAGGGCUGUACUGUAAAAAAUAAAAAAAUAAAAAUAUUGCUGUGGCAAUGAUGAGAGGGAAGGACACAAGUGGGCGCACGAUAAGCAUGUGGGCGUCGCCUUUCUAAUUGCACGCUGGCACUGGUCAUGGAAAUGGAAAUGCGCCUUGAACCAUAUUUAUUUGUUUCAGGUUACAAAGAAAAAAAAGAAAGAAAAGAGUAGUUCCUACAUUUGUUCAGGUCCUGUUUUUGCUAUGCAUGAUUGGCAAGUUAAUGCUUGUUGGGCAUAUCAAGAAUCUUGGAUUUGAGGAAACCGGUGGUCUUGAGUGGAGAACAUUUCUUGCUUGCUAGCUGUUGGAGAAGGAACUUUCUGUGGCUUAUCUUGUAUUGAAUUGGAAGAUUGUAUUGGUCAUCAAGUUCUGAUUCAACUAUGUUAAAGCACAACUGAUGAACACAUAAAUCAGGAAGAAAAAUCAUAAGGAUUAGUCAUGAAGUUUAUGAAACUUGGAUCCCGACCGGACACCUUCUACACUGCUGAAGCUGUAAGGUCUGUCUCCUCUGAGGUCUCUAGUGAUCUCAUAAUUCAAGUGAAAGGAAGUAGAUAUUUGCUUCACAAGUUUCCUCUGCUUUCCAAGUGCUUGCGUCUACAGAGACUUUGCUCUGAAUCCCUUGAAUCCUCACAGCACCAAAUAAUCCAACUACCAGAUUUCCCUGGUGGGAUUGAGGCAUUUGAGCUCUGUGCAAAGUUCUGUUAUGGUAUUACAAUCACUCUCAGUGCUUACAACAUUGUAGCCGCGAGAUGUGCUGCUGAAUAUUUGCAGAUGACAGAGGAUGUAGAGAAGGGGAACCUAAUAUGCAAGCUUGAAGUUUUCUUUAAUUCUUGUAUACUUAAUGGGUGGAAGGAUUCAAUUGUUACCCUGCAGAGCACUAAAGAAUUUCCUUUGUGGUCAGAGGACCUUGGAAUUACAAGCAGAUGCAUCGAAGCUAUUGCCUCAAAGGUCUUGACUCAUCCCUCAAAGAUAAGUUUGUCACACAGUUACUCUAGAAGAGCAAGGGACGAUGUAUCCUGUAAUGGAACUGAGAGCCAGAGGCAUAAACCUGCGAGCAAGGGGUGGUGGGCUGAAGAUAUGGCAGAAUUAGGCAUAGACCUAUACUGGAGAACCAUGGUAGCUAUUAAAUCUGGUGGAAAGAUAGCCUCUAAUCUCAUCGGCAACGCAUUGAAAAUUUAUGCAGCAAGAUGGCUGCCUAACAUAUCAAGACCAAGGAAUUCUAAUAAUGAAGAAGCAUCAGACUCAGAUUCAGACUUGGUGAAUGAGAUAAAUUCAAAACAUAGGCUCCUUUUGGAAUCAAUAGUAAGUUUACUCCCAGCAGAUAAAGGUGCUGUAUCUUGCAGUUUCCUGCUUAAACUGUUGAAAGCAGCCAAUAUCCUUAACGCCUCUUCUUCUUCAAAGAUGGAAUUGGCUAGAAGAGUGGGACUUCAAUUAGAGGAAGCAACAGUAAAUGAUUUGUUAAUACCCUCUUUCUCAUAUGCAAGUGAUACUUUGUAUGAUGUAGACUUGGUAAUGACCAUACUGGAGCAGUUCAUGUUACAAGGGCAAAGUCCACCCACUAGCCCUCCAAGAUCCAAGUUAGGAUUUGAAAGGAGAAGGUCGCGGUCAGCAGAGAAUAUUGAUUUGGAGUUCCAAGAGAGCAGGAGGUCUUCAUCUGCAUCACAUAGCUCAAAAUUGAAGGUAGCAAAGGUUGUAGAUGGCUAUCUUCAAGAGAUUGCCAGAGAUGUUAAUUUGCCUCUUUCAAAGUUUAUUGCCCUUGCUGAGUCCAUACCAGAUUUCGCAAGGCUUGAUCAUGAUGAUCUCUACAGAGCUAUUGACAUUUAUCUCAAGGCACAUCCAGCCCUAAACAAGAGUGAAAGAAAACGGUUAUGUCAAACCCUAGACUGCAAGAAACUCUCUGUUGAAGCCUGUAUGCAUGCUGCACAGAAUGAGCUACUCCCACUGAGGGUGGUAGUGCAAGUUCUCUUCUUUGAGCAAGCUAGAGCAGCUAUGGCUGGAGACAAAGUCACUGAGCUGCCUAGCAACAUCAAGGCACUUCUAGCUUCCCAUAAAAUAGAUCCAUCAAGGCCUACAGCAGCAUUAAGCACCACUACUAGCUUUCCUGCAGAGGAUCAAUGGAGUGUCUCAGGCCUUAAAUCACCCAAGUCGAAGCUUUCUAGUUUAAGGAUGAAAUUAGCUGAAGAUGAUGAUUUGGAUGAAAACGAUCUGCAAUCAAAUGGACUUGGUAGAACUUCCAAAUUUAAGACUAUUCGCACUCUUCCUACACGACCCAAAAGGAUGUUCAGCAAGUUAUUGUCCAUCAAUAGAAGUGCCAGUGAAAAGAAUUGAGUGAGAAUUUUGUUUAUUUCCAGCCAACGGAUGGUAAUUUCCAGUGUAACUUAUACACUUUUUUUUUGGGGUCCUCCUGUAAUGUAGCAGAAAACAAGGAAUCUUAGUAUGCAUUAUUGAUGUAAUCUAAUAUAAUAAGAAUCAAGAUUUUCAGACAUGAGGGGAAAAUCUCUUGGUGGUUCUCAAUUUGAGAGCUAGAACAGAAAUCUUGGGUGUAGAUUUGCAAUUGUGGGAGCAAUAUUCUUGUAUUUGUCUAGAAAACUGCAACACCUGCCUUUGUCUCUUUUGUUGCAUCUCCCUGGAUACUCACUUUUUCCUCCCUGCAAUUAGUUUUCAUUAUUCCUUUUAUCAGACAAUAAUUAGUUUUCAUCA